UAAGUUCUCGUUUGAGAACGUUGGUUAUUUAUAUCACCUAUUGCAAUAUGUGAAUCAUUUUCAUAUCAAUAAGACAUUGACAGCUCUAUAGUAGCAAUGGAAAUGGAAGAGGAGCUAAAGGAGACGCUUAUGCAUCAUCCAAACAACACUUCUUUGGAGAGUGUUGAAAAGGAAGAGUCAUUGAGGAAAAGGGCAUGGGAAGAAAGCAAGAAGAUGUGGGUGGUAGCAGGCCCUGCCAUAUUCACAAGGUUUUCAACGUUUGGAAUCAUGGUGGUUAGUCAAUCCUUCAUUGGGCAUAUUGGCUCAACUGAACUAGCUGCCUAUGCCAUUGUUAUGACUGUCCUAGUCAGGUUUGCAAAUGGUGUAUUGAUUGGAAUGGCAAGUGCAUUGGAUACUCUUUGUGGGCAAGCAUAUGGGGCCAAAAAAUAUGACAUGCUAGGAGUGUAUCUUCAAAGAUCAUGGAUAGUGUUGUUCAUGACCUCAAUACUCCUUCUUCCUAUUUACAUCUUUACCACUCCUUUGUUAGAGGCUCUAGGCCAAGAUAAAACCAUUGCUCAAGUUGCUGGAAGCAUUUCUCUGUGGUCAAUAGGUAUAAUAUUUGCUUUCUCUGUCUCAUUCACCAGCCAAAUGUUCCUACAAUCACAGAGCAAGAACAAGAUCAUUGCCUACCUUGCAGCAGUUUCAAUUUCAAUUCAUGUUUUGUUGUCAUGGCUUUUAACUGUUCAGUUCAAGUUUGGGCUCAACGGUGCAAUGACAUCAACACUUUUAGCAUAUUGGAUUCCUAACAUUGGCCAGCUUGUGUUUAUAAUGACUAAGUGCCCUGACACAUGGAAAGGUUUCUCAUUCUUGGCCUUCAAAGAUCUUUUGCCUGUUAUCAAGCUUUCCCUCUCUUCUGGAGCUAUGUUAUGUCUUGAGAUCUGGUACAACACUGUUUUGAUUCUUCUUACAGGCAACAUGAAAAAUGCUGAAGUGUCUAUUGAUGCUCUGGCCAUAUGCCUCAACAUUAGUGGGUGGGAAAUGAUGAUAGCCCUUGGUUUCUUUGCUGCAGCAAGCGUUCGGGUGGCAAAUGAGCUUGGAAGAGGGAGUUCAAAGGCUACAAAAUUUUCCAUUCUGAUAACAGUCCUCACAUCAUUUUCCAUUGGAUUCGUGUUAUUCUUGGUGUUCCUAUUUCUGAGGGGAAAACUUGCUUACAUUUUCACUCCAGACCCUGAGGUUGCUAAAGCUGUUGGCGAUUUAUCACCAUUGCUCUCAUUUUCCUUCUUGUUGAACAGUGUCCAACCUGUGCUUUCUGGAGUUUCUGUGGGUGCUGGGUGGCAAAGCGUUGUAGCAUAUGUAAACAUAGGCUGCUAUUAUCUUAUUGGUAUUCCUGUUGGAGUGCUGCUUGAUAAUCUUUUCCAUUUGGAAGUUAAGGGUAUUUGGAUUGGAAUGUUGUUUGGAACAUUUGUUCAAACCGUAAUGCUUAUUACAAUCACAUUUAAAACUGAUUGGGACAAGCAGGUAGAGAUAGCUCGAAAUCGUGUUAACAAAUGGGCAGUGACGACGGAGAACGAAGAAUCAAACAGUAGAUCAAGCAUAUCUAGCUAGGCAUUUGAUAUUUUAGUUCUCCCCUCCAUCAUUUUAUUUAUUGAAAAUUAAAACAAUAUAUUUUAUUGGAUUAGAUGUUAUUUUUUCUCAUUUUAUUUUCUUUUCAUAGGUAAAAUUAUUGAUCU